UAUUCAUUUAAUUUUGCAUUACAGAAGGUCUUUAUUGCGUUUUCUUCAGGAGUAUUUUCCAAGUUUUUUGCGCUUCAAUUUGAAGCUUUUGUGUUAAACUUUCAGUAUUUUGCUGAAAUUUGUAAACAGCUUCGAAAACCUGUAAGCGCUCUCAAUCAGUUUUAUUUAUAUUAGAACUGAAUUUAAGAGCGCAUUGGAAACUCUCUCCAAUUUGCAUUAACCAUAAUAAAUAAGCAUAAAAUGGAAGUAGAAACAUCCACCACAGCCCUUAUGGCACGUGAAAUCUCGAAAGAUGAAGGCGAGAUCCCAUUGGCAAAUGCUCUUACAGAAAAUGUCUCCGACUUUGAAUCGCCUGUACAUUCUUGCGUUGAAUCAAUUGAGCGUAGCGAUAUAGACUUAGACGAUGAAGAUGAAGAUAUUAUGUUCCAGGAGGUAAAAAUGAUUUUGCGUAAGCGUCGCGGUUGGGGACCCGAGGAUUCGCUUAGCACUAAUGAUUUGGAUUUACUGGAGUAUGACGAUGAAUUGGUGGAAGAAGACGAUCCUGGUUGUCCUUUGCCCUCAACCCCCGAGGACACACAACUCAUUGAGGCUGAGAUGACCGAAGUGCUGAAGGCUGGCGUUUUAUCGGAUGAAAUUGACUUGGGAGCAUUAGCUCAUAACGCUGCCGAACAGGCAGAGGAAUUCGUUCGAAAGGUUUGGGAGGCUAGUUGGAUGGUGUGCCAUUACAAGAACUUGCCCAAAUGGCUGCAAGAUAAUGACUUUCUACAUCGCGGUCAUCGUCCACCACUGCCGUCGUUCAGUGCCUGCUUCAAGUCCAUUUUUCGUGUGCACACCGAAACCGGAAAUAUUUGGACACAUUUGCUAGGAUGUGUGGCUUUUAUUGGUGUGGCACUAUACUUCUUAUCACGUCCUUCAGUUGAAAUACAAAUACAAGAGAAAAUCAUAUUUGGCGCUUUCUUUGCCGGUGCCAUCAUUUGUUUGGGUUUCUCAUUCGCUUUUCACACGCUCAGCUGUCAUUCGGUAGAGAUUGGAAGACUGUUCUCAAAGCUAGACUAUUGUGGAAUUGCACUACUCAUUAUGGGUUCAUUUGUACCCUGGUUGUAUUACGGAUUCUAUUGCCAUUAUCAGCCUAAAGUGAUCUACUUAUCAGUGGUAUGCGUUCUGGGUUCGCUAUCGAUCAUCGUCUCGCUGUGGGACAAAUUCUCAGAGCCGGGCUUGCGUCCACUUCGUGCCGGCGUAUUCAUGAGCUUUGGACUUUCCGGUAUAAUACCUGCCAUACAUUACAGCCUGAUGGAGGGUUGGUUCAGCAAAAUCAGUCAAGCUAGCUUGGGUUGGCUUAUACUGAUGGGCCUUCUUUACAUACUUGGUGCACUACUGUACGCAUUGCGCGUGCCGGAAAGGUGGUUCCCAGGAAAAUUUGAUAUUUGGUUCCAAUCGCAUCAACUGUUUCACAUACUCGUUAUAGCGGCUGCAUUUGUACACUACCAUGGUAUAUCUGAGAUGGCAAUGUACCGUGUAACGGUCGGCGAAUGCACUGUACCUCACGAACCAAUUACUUUUUAAACGAACAGGCAGUACAAACAUUUGGUUUAUUAUGCUAAGCAGUUGUUUUGAAAAUUAUAAAAUUUCUUGUGAUUCUUAGCUGGAGUUAACUAAUUGCAAAGAGAAUGAAUGAGAGUUUAUGAGUAAAAAUGCGAAGAAGUCGAAAGUUGUAAAAUUAUAUAAUCAUUAGUACCAUUCAGAAUUUACAUUAAUUAUAAUUUAAAAAAAAAAUUUAAAUAUGGCGGGAUAAAAAUAGAAAAAUAAAUAUAAACAUAAUUAUUGCACGUUUUCAUAUCUAUUGGGACAAAAAAAAAAUAAAAUAAAAUAAAAUUAGUGAUGAGUCCAUUUAUUAAUGAAAAAAUCAGAAAAAGUAAACAAUGCAAAACAGCUUAUUGUUAUCGGCUUUAGAGUUAUUAAAUAUGAAAUUGAAGCAGUGUUAUUUUCUAACACUUUCAUACAUACGUAGUUCACAUACAUACUUAUCAUAUACAAUAUAAACACAUAUUCAUGUAUACAUACAUAUAUUCACAAUCAAAUAGACAUUAGAACAAAUCGAAUGUAUUAUAAAUGUACACAUUCAGAUAAGCGAAUCGAAAUACUUGACUCUCUACAACAACAACAGCAACAACUUGAGCAGCAAUAAAUACAUCAAAUUAAA